GCUUUAUGAAAGGCAGUUUAUUUGAAACAAUUUUGAUAUUUUGCGAUUAUAUUGCACUUACACAAUUGAAAAUAGACCGACAUGUUUGGAAAAAGUGCACUUUUGUUGAUAUGUUGUGACUUAAGUACGAAGAGCAUUAAAAAUGUACUAAUUUCUUGUGAAAAAUGUACCAAACCAAUAAUAAAAAACCCAAAUAAUUAUUCAUUGUGUUCUUGACAUGCUGUUUUAAUGCACUGCUGCAAUUGUCAGCAGUAAUAUGAUUGAUUCAUUGUCGAAAACAAAGUAAUAUGUUUUACCCACAGGCAAUACAUCAGAUCCUAAAAAAAGGUAUGGCCAGCUGCGCAGCCUACUGCACCAAUAACAUUAAGACAAUCCAGCAGUAAGAUUAUUUACCAAUAAGCAUUAUUUCCACAGUAUUACACAAAGAGAGACACAUACCAGGUGGGUUUCUUGAAUAACAGUUUGUCCUUCUGACACAUAUGCAAUUUCCUCCUUUGCUACUUAUCAGCUGAGAAUCAAAUCAUGAAUCUACUGCACGGGAGCCAUAGAUAAAUGCCUAGAAUGUAAUAGGAAUUGAUUUUUAGGUUGCACAGUCUGCUUUUUAAAGCUAAAAAACACAUUUCUUGAACAACAAUACUGUGCUCUCUUUGACUUAAUGACCUUCAAGUGAGGAGUCUAGAGGUACGGUGAUUACUGAUCACACGGUGAAGAACCAGUCACUCACAACAGGAACGUGUGGGGGUUCUUUGAUAGGACACUAAAAAGCUUUAAGACAUGCUGGGUUGCCAAGGAGAUGUUAUUUGAAAAGAAAGGAGGCAGUUUUACAGUAGUUUUCCCUGCUUUUUCCUGGUAAUACUCAGUUUUUUUCCCUUGCAGGAGAUCUCUUCAGAAUUGACGCACCAGUGAAUGGUCUAACGGAGCCAGUGCGGAGGAAUUAUCUGCUGUCAGGACCUGCGCCGGGCUGAUAGGCAAACGCAGGGCCACCGCAAGGUGAGAGGGACGGCCGCAGGGGGAAGGGAAGGAAAACUCAGGGUCCGAUGAUGCCGUCUUCCACUAUGCAGAUGUUCGCCUUCAUUCUGGCAUUGCUUGGGGUUGUGAGUGCCACGGUGGCCACUCUGCUACCCAACUGGAAGGUGAGUGCCGAUGUGGGCUCCAACAUCAUGACUGCCAUCUCGCAGAUGCAGGGGCUGUGGAUGGACUGCACCUGGUACAGCACCGGAGUCUUCAGCUGCUCGCUUAAGUACUCUGUGCUGGCGUUGCCGGCUUAUCUUCAGACUGCACGCACCACUAUGGUGCUGUCCUGCAUGAUGGCGACAAUGGGACUCUGCCUCGCCGCCCUAGGGCUGAAAUGCACUCGCUGGGGUGGCAGCUAUCGCUCUAAGGGACACACGGCUAUUUCCGCAGGGGCUUGCUUCGUCAUUGCAGGGAUCCUAUGUUUGGUGCCCGCAUCCUGGUUUACCAAUGAAGUCAUCACUACGUUUAUGGACUCCAAAGUGCCCAAGAGCAGCAAAUAUGAACCGGGGGCUGCGGUGUACGUGGCAUUCGUAUCGGCAGGAUUCCUAUUAGCCGCAGGCGUAAUCUUUUGCUUAUCAUGUCCUGGAAGAAGAGGCGGUGCAUUAGAUUCGGGCUCGUCCCACCCGGAGAAGCCAAAACAGCUGAAGCUGCGCCAGAAGCAGCCGACCGGCAACCAAAAGAAACAGCAGCACCGCGAACAGCAGAGUCAGACUGAAACACCGGAACAAGAGGAGUCGCGUCCAGAAACGCUACACCAGGAGAAGCCACAACCUCAGCAAGAGAAGAAGUCCGUCCCUGACAGAUUAAACCUGGAGAAGGAAAAGCAGUACCGCUCUCCAUCCCGAACCCGAAAUCAAGAUGCCAAGGCCGUCUACAGUCUGCACGACUACGUGUAAACAACUGUCAUUUACCGCAGGAGUGUUCGUACUUAUCAGACUGCCUUUCUUUGUGAGCGGCAAAAAGAGGAGGGGAAAAAUCAGUGGAGCAGCAGGAGGAAUAAUGACUUUGAUGGCGUUAUCAACCCUUCUCAUCUGUGCUUUCACUUACAGCAAGCGAAGCGGUGGAGGUAUUUCCAAAGCCUUGGAACAGACAGACAAACUAAGGAUUGCGAAGUCUUGGGUCUUUGAUUUCAAUGCAACCACAAGUGACAAAAAAGGGGGCCGAAUUAGUAAAAAUGCAAGGUAAUUCAGGAAGAUGCAUAAGGACAGCACUGAAAGUGCCUACCAAAGCUAUUUAUUGCAGUCAUUUGCCUGUCAGUUGAAAAUGCAAACUCCUGCAAGCAGUUUUAUCAGCAUUUUUCCACCUGGAACCAAGCUUAGCAAGUUUUAAUUCGGAAGCUUGAUUCAUUAAGCAAUAUGUGCAUGCUGUUUGUAGAUAAUUAUGUUAAUAAUGCGGCUAAAUGGCUGGCAAACACAAAAGAGAGAAUCAGGCUUGCACCUGAGGAAGCUUCAGUCCAUUAAAUGGUGCGUGUCCAUCAGAAAAGGGA